AACGACGACAACAACAACAACAACAACAUCCACAACAACAUCCACAACAACAACGACGACGACGACGACGACGACGCAAGUUGGUGAUGAGUUUGAUUUGCUGGAUCCGAGCAAUCACGACAACGCAUUUCCGCCGCUCUCAACCCGCACCGCAGCAGCCACCACUGUGCGCGCGUAUGGCUUUGAUGGCUCGCGCGGACUGACCGCUGUUCGAAUGCCCCAACUGGAGAGUGUGUUCAGCAUCGUGGCCACCGUCGAGCGUGCCCCGGGGACAGCUGGCUACGUGGUGUCUCUGUCCGACGGCAACGGCCUUCGCUACGUUGCCGUGUUUUACAGCGACAUCUCUGGAAGUUUGCUCUUCUUCUACACCACGUUGAGCGGAGAGCAGCAGAGCGUGCGCUUCAGCUACAUUUUGCCUGCCGUGUCUCGUCGUCAUCUGCUGCUGGCCGUGUCGCAGACGGAAGUGUCUUGCAUCAUCACAGACGACGCUGGCGAAGUGGACUUUGAGUCCACCGCCACGCUGGCUUCCUCUCUGUCUCCGUGCUACCCGCUCUCCCCUGCAUGUGUUCUCUCUGUGGGCACACGCGGGGCUGAAGUGGGCCCAGCCUCGACCUCGUGGAUCGGCGCCAUCUCACGCCUCCUCUUGGUUCCCAAUGUUGCGCUCGACACGCCCGUGGCCCCGUUGCCUGCAAGCACGACCGCACCGCCCACAACAACGUCCACUGGCAGCGAUGGCACGUCGUCAAUCCUCAAUCUGCUGGACACCUCUGCGCCAUCUGCGUCCAACGCCACGGUGCUCGGGACAGUGGACACGGCACCAGGCGGUGGCCUGUCGUUUGGCGGUGGCGUUGUGCGCGUUGAUAACCAUCCACCCACGGACAGCGACGCUGGGUUUUCAAUCGCCAUCACGGCGCGCCAGGCUCUCAACGAUAACGGAUACCUGUUUGCCAAGACGAACGCCGCUGGGGAUGAGCGCUCGUAUGGCCUCUACUCGAGCUCAACUUCGAAUCGCCUGUCCUUCUACUACCACACGGACACCACGGGCAGCGAGGUUGUUCACCUCCCUGUCAGCAUCUCCGACGGCCAACUCCAUCAAGUCCUUCUCACCGUCGUCUUUGCAAACGACCAGAGCCAGGGCGAGUUGCACUUGACGGUUGACGAGGAAGAGUAUGACACCAUCACACUCGCGGGGGCCGUGGUGGAUUGCGGCGCCGCUGGUCCGGAUUGCGUGUUCUACAUUGGCCAGCGAUCCUCCACAACCGGCGGUGCGUUCGUGUUCCGCGGACAAAUGUUCCAGUUCACGUGGCGCGGUGGCGUUGAACCCGCUGGCGACACACAAUCGUUGACAUCUUCGCUGUGGCUGUUUUCGAAUCUCCUCCUUCCCACAAUCUCGAACGCGCCUGAGGACGAGUACAAUUCGCUCACAGGGGAUCUCACGCUCGAUGGAUCGAAUGGCGUGCGCAUCUUGGAUCACGGCGGGUUUGGCUCGACGUUCGUCAUCAGCAUGCGGGUGAUGCAGCUUGCAGGCAACAACGGCUACCUGUUUGCACAGUCGGACGGGCAAGGGUUCCGGCACUUUUCGCUGUAUUCCAGCAGCACAUCGAAUGCGUUGACGUUUUACUACGCAGCACAGGGGUUCCGCACACAGCAGAGCGUGCGGUUUGAUGUGGCCAUUGCAGACAGCACCGUGCACACCAUCACUGUCAGUGUGGACAGCACUCGUAUCGACUUGCGUGUGGACGACCAGACCUUCUCCGCCGUGCUGGUCGGUGCCGUGGAUGACUGCGGACUGGAAGGUGCCAACUGCUUUUUCCAUCUUGGGCAGCGCACGUCUGCGCUUGGUGGCGCUUUUUUCCUGCGUGGGAUCGUGCUUGAUGCUGCUGCCGUUUAUGCCCACGCACUCCAGACUAUCUAGUGUAGUAGUGUGUAUGUGUGUGUGCGUAUGUGUGUGUGUGUGUGUGGUCGUGUGUGUGUCUGUGUGUCUGCCUGCCUGUCUGUACAGAAUGGCGCAUACUACAUCACCAGCACGUGUUGACGGCUGGUUUUGUUUCGAGCCAACAUACCUAUUUCCGUUCUCGCUUUCUUUCUCUUGGUUUGCUCUUGCUCCCUCUCUGUUUCUGUAACGAACUGUACACAACAAGCAAAAAGGCAUAAAAUCAAAUCACA